AUGACGACGACGACGACAGCGGACCAACCCGUCGAUCCGCUGUCGUUCUCAAAGCGCAUUCUCGUGACGGGUGGCGCGGGUUUCAUUGGGUCGCACGUUGUGAUUCACCUCGUGCAGCGGUAUCCACAGUACUACAUUGUCAACUUCGACGCGCUGGACUAUUGCUCCUGUGUGCAAAACGUGCACUCGGCCAUUGCAUGUAACGGCGGUGGGCCAGCAGCUUCGAGCAAAGCACAUUGUCGAACCGAUUCGGACAACAGUAUUGUCAAACGUGACAACGACAACGGCUGCUGCUGUGAAAAUAGUUGCAGUGCUGUUCGUAAACACGACAGCAGUAACAGCGACAGUGACGACCCCGACGUUUAUCUGCCGGACAUGUGCUGCGCAACGUUACCGACAAACUACAAAUUCAUUCAUGGCAACAUCACCGACGCCGAUCUUGUCAAUGACGUCGUACGGGUUGAGGCCAUUGACACGAUCUUGCACUUUGCAGCGCAGUCUCACGUUGACAACUCGUUCUGUGGGAACUCGCUCGAGUUUAGCACGACCAAUGUCGGCGGCACUCAUGUCUUGUUGGAAGCUGCGCGGCGACAUGGAGUUCAGAAAUUCAUCCACGUGAGCACGGAUGAGGUCUAUGGUGACGGCCGGAACGAGUCGGCGCCAAUGACAGAAGACCAUGGGCUGGAGCCGACGAACCCGUACGCAGCGACGAAAGCCGGUGCCGAGUUCCUCGCAACGAGUUUCUAUCGCUCGUUUCGACUUCCGGUGAUCAUCACGCGGAGUAAUAACGCGUACGGCCCGCAUCAGUAUCCCGAGAAACUCAUUCCAAAGUUUGUAAACCAGAUCUUGCGGAACCGACCAGUGACGAUCCAUGGUGACGGCAGGCACACGCGCAACUACUUGUACAUUUCGGAUGUCGUUGCAGCAUUCGACUUGAUUCUGCAUGAAGGAGCCGUGGGUGAAGUCUAUAAUAUCGGCGGCACGAACGAACUGUCCAGCAAGGAAGUCGCGAUGGACUUGUUGGCGCUGAUGAAACCAGAACUACAGGAACUCGAGGUGGCCAAACUAGUCACACACGUCCAAGACCGACCAUGCAACGACCACCGGUACAUUAUUGACGCCACCAAAAUCCGUGCGCUAGGCUGGAAAGAAAAGACGCCUUGGCGAGAAGGUCUGCGCGAGACGGUCGAGUGGUUUACACGCUAUCGACAUCGCUUCAACAACAUUGACCAGGCGCUCGAAGCCCACCCGAUCAACUUCACAAAGACGUGCCAGCUCAGCCUCGAUUAG